GAACAGUGUUGUGCAGUGCUUCGAGUUCGUGAGAGUUGCUGCAAGGAGCUGGAUAACUGCUGUCGUUGUAUAACUUGUGAUGAUUGUGAUUUUACAUACGUCGCAAACCGUAUUUAGUUUUGCAGGGCUAACCACAGGUAGCUAACCAAGAGCGUUUCACGUCAAACUUUCAUAAUGGUCUCCGAAGCGUUGAUAACUUCAAUGCCGCAUGAAGUAAUCGAGUAUAUGCUGGAGUGUGAAAAUGUCAAGAUGACUGACAUCAUAAACCUCGCCUUGACUUGCAGACACUUGUAUAUAACAAUUACAGGGAGCAACAAACUCUGGAGAGCGAAAUUUUUCCAAAGGUGGCCAGAUCUAAGAGAAAUUUACGAAACAACCGAGAGGACCAAAGAACGAGUGUCGAAUUGGUUGGAUGAGAUAAAAAAAUCUGUGAUGUACAGAAAGAGAUUGCGGCAUCAACUGUCUCUCAUGUCUGCCAAAUACUAUAGAAAACAAGAGCUUUCUAAUUCCGAUUUGACCGAAUUCGAUGUUUCACCGAAUUUGUCAUUUGGAGGAUAUCUGCUACCACGCCAUAUCCUGAUUGACGAGCUCAUUACACUUAUCAACUGUCCAGCAAAAAGAAGCAACUUGACCCAUAAGUACUACGCUUACAAAGUCGUAAGAUACCUUCGACAAAAUUGCUUAAGAGAAGAGUGGCAGACAUAUAUCAAUCUUCCGGAUAAAGAACAGAUUUUAGAACGAGGUGCCGUUUUGGUCGCUCAAUGGAGUCAGCCAGAGUUGAGAAUUUCUUAUUCGUCUAUAUCCGCGACAUUAGAUAGGAUCGCUGAUCAAGUAAAAGAACACCUGAGGGAGCAUAAUCCUUCUCAUCCAAUUUUUUCAACCUCUGAAGACAAAUUCGAGUUGUGGAAAUUGGCAAACAUUGAUGAUAAUCAAUGGGGCUGUGCAAAUUCGAGACAAGUCAUCGCCGCACUGUGUGAGGUCAUGUUUAAACGCCUUUGUUUCUAUGGAAAUAGCGAGAUGUUCUAUUCGUCAGAGAAUUCUUUUAUUAACAGGGUACUCGAAAAAAAACACGGUAUUCCUAUUACGUUGGCAAUAGUGUUUGAAAGUAUAGCACGAAGGCUGGGAGUUCGGUGCGAGCCAGUCAGUUUUCCUGCCCACUUUUUAUUACGUUGGAAAGAGAAGUAUACCCUCCCAGAAUCUGAAGAAGAUGAAAGUUUCUACAUAGAUGUAUUUAAUGGCGGGCAACUACUGACCAAAAGCAGUUGUCCUAAAAUUAGCGGUACAUCACGAUGUCCCAUUCAACGAUAUAACAUUCACAAUGCCGCAACUGCCAUAGAGGUUAUCGGACGUAUGGCAAAUAAUUUGGAAGUAGCCGGUCGACAGCGCACUCAACUCAAUAACAGAGCAGCUCGUCUACGUUCAGCCUUAGAGCUUUUACAUCUUGUACAGCCAUACGAUACAAGUACUAUACUACAUCUUGCUCGCUUUUACAUGCUUCAUCAGAUGGAUCUAGCAGGUCUAGUCAACACGCUUAACACGAUACAACAGGAUCUGGAGAAUGGGUCAAGAGGACAGGCUAAUCACAUUUUACAAAUGCUCCACGAUUAUGAACGACACAUGAAAGAUGUUUCUGAGGAACACAUAUUGCCAAAAAAAAGAAGACCAGAAGUAAUGUAUGCUAUCGGGCUGAUCAUGAGGCACCGAUCUUAUGAUUACUUGUGUGUAAUAACGGGAUGGGAUCCACAAUGCGCAGCUACAACGGAAUGGAUGGCUGAGAUGGGUGUAGAGGACCUUUCCGGCGGCUCAAAUCAACCCUUCUAUAAUGUUUUUGCUGAGGAUGGGUCAUCGCGUUAUGCUGCCCAAGAGAAUUUAAUGCUUGCCUUCCCACCGAAGUGGGUAAAUCACUACGAGAUUGGAAGGUAUUUCUGCAGAUUUAAUGAAACCCAUUAUGUACCAAACGAGGAAAAGGCAAGGGAGUAUCCAGAAGACGAAGAGAUAAGAGUUCGCAUACUGGAAGCUAAUUAUAUUUAAUAAACUGAGAAGAAUCACAGGGUAGAGAAUCUACUAAUAUCUAUGUACACUAACUGACCAUUUUCCAACUUGACCACAAGCUUUAUUACAAUCGAAACAAUUGUUAGUUGUACAAUUUAUUCCCGUUCACAAGUUAACGUAGGGAAGUUAAAUAAAUAAAUAACAUGUUACGAGCGUAUCAGUGGCUGAAAGAUUUGACUCUGCGUACUUUUUUAAUAACAAAGCCCAAGAAAUGGGACUCAAAAUGGUUAUGCCGAAUUGAAAAUUCCUUAUCAAACCUCCAGAAUAAUCGAUAGGCAUUCAUUGGUUUAUUUAUCUAGUGAGCAACUUAUCUUAGAUGUUCCCUUUUUGACCAUCUAAUCCGAGAGUUUUUCGGACGUGAAUUUUAUUUCAUACUAAUUGCAGUAUUCGCAACACAUACUCAUACCGUUAGUCAGGUUUGUCGAUUCGGAGUGAGUGAGUAAUCCAGGACAGUGGUACGCAAGCACAAGUUCAAAGCCACCAAAGAGUCACUGUCCAUUGGAUGAAAGCAUAAUUAUUCUCACUAUUGUUGGAGUUUCAUUUAAGAGUCAUUGUCUGAAAACUCAGAAUCACUCUUGAGUUGAAAAUCCAAACAAAACUAGAUUAAGCAUUCUGCAAGUAUUUUACCCAAGUAU